AUGAAGUGGGACUUCCGCGUCGACUUUGCUGCAAACAGAGACGACACGUGCACGAUCGGCCAUAGUGUUGAGAAAGUUGUUCUUCUUGCUGCGGUCGGGCUCGGCCCUGCACAUGCGCAGGUCCUCUGGGCAGAGGCCUCAACUUGGACGCCACCAUGGCAUCGCAGAUGCAGGCUCAAAAAGAGCUGCGGCGAACAAGCUCAAAGCUGGAGUCGAGGCAAGGGGGCUACCAGCUUGUUUCAACCUGCCCCUUCGAGUGUGACAAAAGAAACGGGACUGAAGACGACAAGAAGAAGGAGAAGAACGAUCUCGAGGGCUUUGCGACCAUUUUCGGCGACAACAAGAUUCUUACAAGCCUGUCGCAGCCCCAUGCAUGGGGGCUGA